UUUCGUUAAUGUAAUUACUAACAAAAAUAAACUCAAUUUGACUCCAAGUUAUUCUGCUACUAAAUUCAAAGUAUCAACUAUAUGUAAAUACUUUCUUUUAGUCGUGUCAGUUAUAUGUAAUACUCUGAUAAGUCAGUUCUAUGAUACGAAUGUCACUUAAUAAUCAAACAAUGGCGGGAUCUGCAUUAAGACGAUUAAUGGCCGAAUAUAAGCAGUUAACCUUAAAUCCACCAGAAGGUAUAAUUGCUGGGCCAUUAAGCGAAGAAAAUUUCUUUGAAUGGGAAGCAUUAAUUACAGGACCAGAAGGAACGUGUUUUGAAGGUGGAAUAUUUCCUGCAAAAUUAAUAUUUCCAUCAGAUUAUCCGCUUAGUCCACCAAAAAUGCAAUUCACUUGUGAAAUAUUUCAUCCAAAUAUUUAUGCUGAUGGAAGAGUAUGUAUAAGUAUCUUACAUGCUCCUGGCGAUGAUCCUAUGGGAUAUGAAAGUAGUGCAGAAAGAUGGAGUCCAGUACAAAGUGUAGAAAAGAUAUUGUUAAGCGUAGUUAGUAUGCUAGCUGAACCCAAUGAUGAAAGUGGAGCAAAUGUUGAUGCUGCAAAAAUGUGGAGAGAAGAUAGAUCUGAGUUCGAAAGAAUUGCACAAAAACUUGUUAGAAAAACUCUUGGAAUUCCAUCUUAAUACAGCGUUAUUUAUCUUGUUACAUUAAAUUUAUUGAUAAAUAAUGCUGAAGAAAAGUGGCUUAUUUUUCUCUAUUAUUUCUUGUUUGAAUCCAUACAAUAAUAUUUAUUUUAAAUAAAUAUGAAGCAGACUAUGAUCUA